CGCGCCUAAUAAUACAUUAAACAUUUAUAAGCUGAAGGUAGUCUGAGUCCAGAAAGAAUAGAAUCUUGAAUUCUAGAUCUAGUCUAGUCUAGAUCUCUAUUUUUCUCAGAAAUUCAACGCAACAUUAAGCAAAAGAUCUACUAAACAUGAGCCUGUGGGUUGAUAAAUACAGACCAACGUCUCUUGCAAAACUUGAUUAUCACAAAGACCAGGCGGCUCAUUUAAAAAAAUUGGUUGAAGGUGGUGACUUCCCCCACCUGUUAGUUUAUGGGCCAUCCGGAGCUGGAAAGAAAACAAGAAUAAUGUGCACACUACGUGAAUUGUACGGCUCAGGGGUAGAGAAGCUUCGCAUUGAGCAUAGUAAUUUCACCACACCAUCAAACAAAAAAUUAGAGAUAUCGACCAUUUCCAGCAAUUACCACAUUGAAGUCAAUCCAAGUGAUGUUGGUCACAAUGAUAGAGUUGUUAUUCAAGAGUUGAUAAAAAAUGUGGCACAGGUGAAUCAGCUGGACACAACACAGCAAAAGAAUUUUAAAGUUGUUGUGCUGACAGAAGUCGACAGGCUGACAAAAGAUGCCCAACACGCCCUCCGUCGUACAAUGGAAAAAUACAUGUCCACCUGUCGUUUAAUUUUGUGCUGUAACUCUACAAGUAAAGUUAUUCCUGCUAUUCGCAGUCGAUGUCUGGGUCUAAGGGUCCCUGCUCCAUCUAUUGAAGAGAUCAGUCAAAUCCUUAUUAAUGUGUGUAAGAAAGAAGGUCUUACAUUGCCACAAGAGAUGGCUGUUAAGAUAGCAGAAAAAAGUGGAAGGAAUUUAAGACGGGCAAUCUUGAUGUGUGAAGCAUGUCGUGUCCAGCAGUACCCCUUUAACAUUGACAGAGAAAUAUCAGAACCAGACUGGGAGGUAUUUUUAAGAGAGACAGCAACUAUGAUUGCUCAGCAACAGUCCCCAAAAAGACUACUUGAGGUGAGGGGGAGACUGUAUGAGCUGUUGACCCACUGCAUCCCACCAGAUGUCAUUAUGAAGGGUCUUUUGAAAGAGUUGUUGUCAGUGUGUGAUGGGCAGCUCAAGGCUGAAGUGGUACAAAGUGCAGCCUACUAUGAACACAGACUACAGCUAGGUCAGAAACACAUUUACCAUUUGGAAGCAUUUGUAGCCAAAUUUAUGGCAAUAUAUAAAAGAUUUCUUGAAGAGGGUAUUGCUGAUAUCUUCUAGAUGACUUCCUGUAUAUAAAUUACUCAUGUGAAUAAACUCCUUUAUCUGUU